AUGGAAAAUCAGCCGGCGAAAAGAAAAAAAGCUUGUCCCAACUCCGGUGACGGCAGAAUCUCCGAACUGCCACAACCCUUAUUGCACAACAUUCUCGCUUUCCUCUCCCAAGAGGAGGCGACCAGAACCAGCGUUUUGUCAAAAUCAUGGCGUUCUAUUGGCCCUACUCGCCCCAAAAUCGAGUUUAAUGAAGCGUGCUACGAAGGGAACCAUGAAAAGUUUCUGUCCAAUUUGGACAGCACGCUACAAUUUUACCAUGGCCGGGAGAUUCGCUUGCAAGAAUUUAUACUGUGUCUGAAGCCCUUGAGGAAAGUACUUUCUAGGCAUCUUCGGAAAGUUUCCUUCUCUUUGGUCGACAUUGAAGACAAACAUUUGCAGAAGAUAAUGUCGAAUUGCCCCAUGAUCGAGCAAUUGGCCAUUGAGGCCUGUCAUGGUAUCACAACCGUUGAGGUUCAUAAUGAUAAUCUCAAACACUUUGAAUACCGUCGUUCGGUGACCUGUUAUGAAGGCACUAUCAAAAUCGACGCUCCAAAUAUAGAGAGCAUCAAGAUUGUGGGACGUUCGAGUUGGCUUCACAAUGGGAAGACCUUCGUGUGUCUCAAGUCCCUGCUUCUGGAAUAUGUGGUGCUCACCCAGAAGGACUUCGAUAGCUUCUCGGUUGAUUUUUGCUGUCUUGAGGAUUUGAAAAUACACUUCUGCAGGGGCUUUGAAGAAUUCCAGCUCUCAAGCCGUUCGAUUAAGCGGUUGCAUCUUGCGGUGGAUGGCCCCACCAAGGCAGCUAUUGACCUCCCGAAUAUACGUUGUUUUGAAUUGCUUUGUGAUGAUUUCCCCUCAAUCACAUUGACAACGAAUUCCAGUGAGUGGAGGUCACUAAUACUCUUGAAGCAACAACUGAUUACUAAAAGUGAAACUUCGUUGUUUUAUGUCAAGUUAAAUGAACUGCUCCGGGCAUUGAAUCAUUCUAGGAUUCAUCUGCACAUGAGGGACUUUCCUCUGGAGGUACUACAUGGUUAUGGGAAUUUUGGAGAACCUGCUGUCAUUGAAAGCUUGGCUGUUGCUUACCGUCAUUCAUGUUCUUCCCUUGAAGCUUCUUUAAAUUAUUUUUUUGGUAGAUUUCGGCCGAGAUACAUAGAACAGUCUGUCUAUCCUCUUUCAGUGACUAAAGAGUAUGAAGAUAUCAUGGCUGAAAUAUAUGCAUAUGAAGAGGAGGCUAAUCGCUUAUUCUUUCAAUGGUAUGCCGCACGAGCGGCUGAAGAGUUUGGAAUAGAAGAUGAAGUCAUGAAUUUGCCAGCAGUUCCAGAGACCAAUGAGAAUGCAGAAGCCAACGAAUUCAUUGAUCGUUUGUGGAUCUUCCUCAUGAAGAAAGAAAGCGAGGACCGCAUUUGGCAGCAGGAUUUAGAGGAAGCAAGUCCAAGGAAGGACUGCAGCUUUCCCGAGUGGAAGAGGUUCAAUUCAAUAGUUCCGACUCUGACUUUGAAGCCCGGCCGGGUGAAGAAGCCUCAGCACGAGCUUUGA